CCUCAAAACCCUUCAAUUCGACCACCAUCAUUCACUGCUACUACAUUCCUAUUCAGGACCUUAACCUUCUCCUUCUUCAACCUCUGAACCAUCAUAAUUCGCUAGUCAUUUUACCGGAACCAUUUUUCCAGAGCUCCGUUUCCUAGGGUUUGAAGGAGGGCAAGUGUUAUUUGAUCUUCAUGCUCUCGUGUCGCUUCAAUUCCGUGUUUGGAUUGUUGGAGAUUGUUUCCUGCAAUUCAGUACAUUUCAGCGCUUGAUUAUUUUACACUUGAUCAGUUAGAUACAGCGGUAGCUGUUUUCUUCUACAGCUGGAUUCGAAGAGGUGAAUUAAUCUGAGGUGAAAAGUGGGUCAAUUGUGUUUGGAUUUGGAUUGUAAAGUAAUUAUCAGGUUUUCAGGUGCUUUUUGGAAUUAAUUAACUGAAGAAUAUAUUAUUUAGCUUUGUGAGAAUGGACUUUACUCGACAAACUGGAAACGAAGUGGGGAUACCUAUAAUAAUAAUCCCAAUCCGAUUUGUGUGGCCUUAUGGCGGAAAAAACAUAUCUUUGUGCGGAUCAUUUACUGGGUGGUCGGGUCACUACCAGAUGAUUCCAGCUGAAGGGUGCCCAUCAGUGUUUCAGACUACUUGCAACUUGUCUCCUGGCUAUCACGAGUAUAAAUUCUAUGUUGAUGGAGAAUGGCGCUAUGAUGAACGUCAACCUUUUGUUAAUGGGAACUACGGGACAGUAAACACUGUCCUUUUGGCUAAGGAAUCUGAUUAUGUUACUGCCAAUCCUACUUUGCCAAUGAGUUCCGGUUCUAGCAUGGAUGUGGAUAAUGAAGCCUUUCAGCGUUUGGUUAGAGUUUCACAUGGUGCAUUUCGUGAUAUUUUGCCUAGGAUUUCAGAAGCUGAUUUAGAAUCCUCCUGUCGUCGAAUAUCUGAUUUCUUGUCUUCACGAACAGCUUAUGAAUUGCUUCCUGAGUCAGGCAAGGUGGUUGCUCUAGAUAUUGAUUUACCUGUGAAACAAGCCUUUCAUAUCCUGCAUGAACAGGGAAUUUCAGUGGCUCCUCUUUGGGAUGUUUCCAAAGGCCAGUUUGUUGGAGUUCUUAGUGCCUUGGAUUUUAUUUUGAUCACAAAAGAGCUUGGUAGGCAUGGAUCUAAUCUUACCGAGGAGGAACUUGAGACAUAUACUAUAUCUUCAUGGAAAGAAGCAAAAGCGAACUCCAAGAGACAGAUUGAUGGUAAUGACGGUAGAUCACUAGAAAUGCAACUCAUACAUGCUGGACCAGAUGAGAAUUUGAAGGAUGUUGCCUUAAAGAUCAUGCGUAGUAGGGUAUCUACGGUUCCUAUUAUUCAUUCAUCCUCGGGAGAUGGAACAGCUCAUCAGUUAUUACAUCUUAGCUCGCUUUCUGGAAUUCUAAAAUGUAUUUGUAGGUACUUCAGACAUUGUUCUGACAUAUUACCUCUACUCCAAUUGCCAAUUGGUACAAUUCCUCUGGGCACUUGGGUUCCAAAAAUCGGAGAACCAAAUAGACAACCAUUAGCUAUGUUGAGACCAUCGGCUUCUCUUGGUUCUGCUUUAGAUUUGUUAGUUCAAGCGGAAGUUAGUUCCUUACCCAUUGUUGACGACAAUGACUCGUUGUUGGACAUAUAUUGUCGAAGUGAUAUUACAGCUUUGGCGAAAAACAAAGUUUAUAUCCAUAUUAAACUGGAGGAGAUGACAAUUAAUCAAGUUUUGCAGUUGGGACAAGAUUCAUCUCAUAGCUUCAGUAGUAGAAACCAAAGAUGUCACAUGUGUUUGCGAUCCGAUCCACUUCAUCAUGUUAUGGAACGGUUAACAAAACCAGGAGUGCGACAGCUUAUUGUUGUAGAGGCUGGAAGUAAACAUGUAGAAGGUAUCAUAACUUUGAGCGACGUUUUCAGAUUCUUACUCGCCUAGACCAGACCAGGCUAGACUAGGCUAGGCUAGACCAGACGUGGGAGAGAAAUGGCUGAAGAUGAUUUGUCAAGAUUAUUUAUUGUUGUACUGGUGGGGUAGUGGAUCCACCACCUGCUUGCUUUCUUUCCUGAUCUUUUAUGAUGUUAGGCAGAAGGAAGGAGGAGGAGGUUGGAUUAGUUUUCUUUUUUAUUUGUUCAAAUGUUCUUCUUCUGCCAUGUUUAUUUAUUGGACAUCAUCAUCUAAUAAUAAUGGAUAUUCUGUAUUUCUAUU